GACGAACACAGCCGUGAAGCGCGCGGUGUUGCGACGUCGCGUCAGUGUGGUGCGCGCCUCGCGUGGUAUUGUUGUGGCCUCUGUCGACCUUUCCAAGCAUAAUUUCAACUAGAUUUUGUUUUAUUAACGUUCAAAGUUACGUGUAAAGAUGAAAGACGACCACUACACCAUGGAGAAGUUCGUCAAGAUCGUGGAGCGUUUCCCCUCGCUGUACGACAGUAAGAGCGAGCACUACGGGCGAGGAUUCUCUAUCGAGAACUGGAAACGGGUGGCGGAGGCCGUCCAGACUGAGAUGAACCAACCCUGCAAUACUGAAGAAUUAAAAAACAAAUGGAAGGGCGUGCGAUCUUCAUAUGCCAGAUAUAAAACAAAACUGCUACAAGAGGGACCUAAUAACAGCACACCAUACUAUCUGUACAAAAGCCUUACAUUUCUGGAUCCAUUUGUCAAGAGCAAAACUGCCAAAAACAACUCCAAUAAUCAACAUCGAAGUAACAUAUCAGAAGAAAGUCUUGACGGUGGGUUUGUCUACAACAGUGAUGAUGAAGGAGACAAUGAAGAAACAGUAGAAGUCAAACCUAAAAUUUCAGAAAUGAAUUUCACUGAUAUAGAACUUCCUCUAGAAGACUUUAAUGAAGAACCACCUGAAAGAAGAAGGCAUAAACGGAAAAGAACUACUGAAAAUCCAAUAGAAACUGAAGCGACGGAAGACGAUUCUGAAGAUAAUGACCUUUUGUUUUUCAAAAGUCUUCUGCCAGAUAUAAAGCAUUUUACUAGUAAAGAGAAAAGAAAGCUCAAAGUAAGGAUUUUACAGCUUAUUGAUGUAAUUGAGGGAGAUAGAUCGGAUGUUAAUUUUAGUUAAUUUUGUUACGUGUUCUUAAUAAAAAUAAUAGAAGAUUACCUAGUGCGCAAAAUACACGUAUAAAUUUAAAAUAA